AUGAAGCGAGACCGGCUCGGCCGCUUCCUGUCGCCAGGGCUGGCACGGCAGCGCGGAGGAGCGGGCAGCGGUCGCGUGCGGGGUCGCCCAGCCCGUGGCGACGGUGCGGAGACCUUGGCGGCGGCGGCGCGGCUUGGCUGGGGCUCGGCACGGGCCUGCGGGGAUCCCGUCGAGGACGGCGCAGACGAGGCAGGAACAGGCCGGGCUCUUGCCACGGGGCACUGUCGCCUUUGCCACGGGAAGUUUUCCUCACGGAGUCUCCGCAGCAUCUCUGACAGGGCAUCCGGGGACAGCUCAGAGAAACCUUCCCCAGGAGAGCCUGUCUUCGUCAGGGACUUCCAGCACCUACUGGGUGUGGCUGUGCACCAGGACCCAUCCUUGUCCCAGUUUGUCUGCAAGAGCUGCCAUGCCCAGUUCUACCAGUGUCACAGCCUCCUCAGGUCCUUCUUGCAGAGGGUCAACGUGUCCCCAACAGCCCAGCGGAAGUCUUAUGCAAAGGUUGGUGCUCAGCCCACCAUGGCGGCGGAGGAGGGAGUGUGUCUGGUGGAUCUGAUCACCUCGACUCCCCGGUGCCUGCAUGGCUUAGUGGGGUGGGUACACGGACAUGCUGCCAGCUGUGGGGCCCUGCCCAGCCUUCAGAGAACACUGUCCUCCGAGUACUGUGGCAUCAUCCAGGCAGUAUGGGGCUGCGAUCAGGGCCACGACUACACAAUGGAUACCGAUUCCAGCUGCAGAGCCUUCUUGCUGGACAAUGCAUUGGCAGUCAAGUGGCCGUGGGACAAGGAGACAGCACCAUGGCUCAUCCAGAACCGGGAGUCUGACCCUGUUGGGGCUGUCCCCCAGAUCUCCCAGGGCAGAGGAAGCAUGACUGGGACUGAGACCAAGAUUCUGCCCAGUGUGGAUACAGCUCCACCUUCAGAUGGCAGCUCUGUGGGGCUUAGGCCAGGCCCACCACCUCAGCCAAGCCUCCCCCCAAGUGAGGCCCCAGGUAGGAGAUACCUUUGGUCUGUGCUAGACCAGGAUCUCGCGUUCAUGAGUGGGGUUGAUUCUUUAACAAAGAAGAGUUGUCUUCACCGUGCUAGGGAUCAGCUGUGCUGUGUGAGCACCAGGGCUCAGUACUUCUUCAGCCUGCAAUAUUCAAAGCAUCUGAGGGCAGGGCAAUUGGGUGAGAAGCAGGUUCCAUCUUCAACUUCGGAUGAUCGGGUAAAAGACGAGUUCAGUGACCUUUCUGAGGGAGACUUCCUGAGUGAAGAUGAAAAUGAUAAGAAGCAAAAUGCACAGUCUUCGGAUGAGUCUUUUGAGCCUUACCCAGAAAAAAAGAUCUCUGGGAAGAAGAGUGAAAGCAAAGAAGCCAAGAAGGUUGAAGAACCAAAAAUGCGGAAGAAACCUGGGCCCAAGCCUGGAUGGAAGAAAAAGCUCCGGUGUGAGAGGGAGGAGCUACCCACCAUCUACAAGUGUCCUUAUCAGGGCUGCACAGCCGUGUACCGGGGGGCUGAUGGCAUGAAGAGGUGCGGAACUACAUCUGUGAUGAGUGUGGGCAGACCUUCAAGCAGCGGAAGCACCUUCUUGUCCAUCAGAUGCGCCAUUCAGGAGCCAAGCCACUGCAGAUCUCACCCUGUAGGCCGAGGUAGCUUCAAACUCACCAAGAUCCUCCUGCAGGAGGUGGGCACAAGAAUUUGUGCCUGGGACUUCAUGAUAUUGGCCUGUGGUGCAAAUCACAGGCCACACACUACUAUUCAGGACCUCAGCCUCAGGGUGAGAAACAUGAGUCUCCACAUUGCUCAGCAGGCUUGGGCGCCAUUAUGGAAAAAAUGUGUCGUGAACUUCAGCAGUGGACACUCUGAGGCCUGGUGUCCUCUAACUCACCUGUAGCCGGCAGAACAGGUCGCUGUUGCCUUUGUGGCCACCACGGGGCCAGUCAGAGCUCUCGGUGUGGUCACAGUUCCUCGGACUGAAAGAAAACAAAGCUGAGGCUGCUAAGUACAACCUGGCACCCUUCUGUGCCAGCAGCAGCCAGCAGGGGUGGCAGAACCCACAGUGCUACAGCCCCAACCCAGCAAAACUUUUUGGUUUGGUUUCCAAGGAUUGACUGCUGUAAUAUAGAAACCACGUAACAGCGAUAAUUGCAAAAGAAGUGCUAGAGAAAAAUUUCAUGCCCUAUUGUAACUCAAUAAACAAGGACUGCAGCACACUCAUACGAAAACCCAGAGCCAGCAUCAUAUUCAACAAUCAAAAAUGGAAAGCUUUUGCUCCACAAGGACGAGGCCAAGACAUCCCCUCUCGCCAGCUCUGUUCAACACUGCUCUACAAGUACUAGCUGGGGUAAGUCAAUCAGAAAAUAACAGGCAUCCAGGCUGGGAAGGAAAAAAUUAUACCAUUUCUAGUCACAGAUAACAGGAGCUGACAUACAGGAAACACUAAAGAAGUCACACAAAACAGCUAUUAGAAUUGAACUACUUUUGAGCAGGGUGUGGUGGUACAUAUCAGAAAUACCAGUAUUGAGAAGCUGAGGCAGGACGAUCACAGGUUAGGAUUAGGAUCUAGAUUAGAGCUAGGUUCACAAGUUAGCAAGAACCACAAAAAAAAAAAAAAAAAAAAAAAAAGCCUGAGAAUAUAGCUCAGCACAAAAGCCCUGCGUUUAAUCUUCAGUAUUGCUACAAAAAAAAUAAAAUAAAUUUUUAAAAAUAAUGAAAAAUAAAAAGUUGGACAACCCACUCAGGCUCCUUUCUGUCACUCUCUCUGACAGCUUUCUUUCGAUAAAUAUAUUCUGCUCUUCAAAUAAACGAAGGUGAUAAAUAUUUUACAAAUCAAAAACAAAAAAUGAUAGUAUUUCAAAAUGAAUAAUACCAAAAUUCAAACAAUAAUUCCAUUUGUGACAGUAAUAAAAAAAUAAAAUACAAAGGGAUAAAUUUAACCAAGGCAAUAUGACUUGCAUAAUAAAAACCAUAAAAUAUGGGGCUGGAGGUUUAGCUCAGCGGCAUAAGCACCUGCCUUGCAAGCAGACAGUUGUGAGUUCAAUCCCCGGUACCAAUAAAAACGAAAAAGACAAAAUAAAUAAAUAAAAACCAUAAAAUAAUGUUGAAAAAAAGAAGUCCUCAAAAAAUGCAAGGGCACCCCAUGAUCAUGGAAAGGAAGACUUGAUGUUGAAAUGACAACUCCCAAGUGAUCUCAGAGGAGAUGCAGUUUCUAUCAGGGUCUCAGCAGGCAUCAUAGAAACUGGGAGGCUGAUCCUGAAGUUCAGAUGGAAUCACACAGAACUCAGAGGAGCCAAAUCAAGCUUUUCUUUUUCUUCUUCCAGUACUAGGAAUUGAACCUAGGGCUUUGUGGAUGCCAGGCAAGUGCUUUACUACUGAACUCCACUCUAGCCUAGGGCCCCCAUUCUAUUUUUUGAGACAGGGUCUUAGCUAAAUUGUCCAGACUGACUUUGAAUUUGUAAUAAUCUUGCCUUAGCCUCCUGAGUAACUGGCAUACGCCACAACACCCAACUCCAAAUCAAUUUUUAAAAAGAAAAAAAUUGGAAGUUUGACUGACUGUGCAGGCCACAGCAGCUUGACUGACCCGGAGGGGAGGUGGCACAAAGAAAUAGAGUGCAUGCCACAGCAACUUGACUGAUCCCCACGCUGCUGCGCUCCAGCCACCACCUCUCGCCCGCUGGUGAGACCUGUCACCACAGGCCUGGGAGGGACUCAGUGCCCACCGGGUGCCCCCGCCCCUGCCCCUGUUGCAGCCACCACACCGACCCAGAGGGAAGGCCGCGCAAAGACCACCAAUGCUGCCGCUGCCAUCAUGCUCCAGCCACCACCCCCCAGAUGGGAGGCGGCUCAAAGAAAUACAGUGCAGGCCACAGCACUUGACUGAUCUGGAGGCGAGGGGGCAUCAUGCGCUGUCCCUGUCUGCAACUCACUAGCCCUCGGCAGUGGGAAACAUCAUCUAGCCAGCGUGCUGCCAACAAAGAAAGAAACUGGGGCCUCCUGGAAGAAGCAAAAAAGAUGGGAAGAGGAAGCAACAACAAAAAGUCCCCAGGUCCCAACCCUGAGGACACUGACCCAGGAUAGGUAAACACAAAGGAGAAUGAGAACAGCAAACAUGCAAUAUCAGACACAGCACCAGUGGACAUAAAGAGAUACAUUCGGGACCUCAUAGAUGAGUUCACAAGUGAAAUAUUUAACCAAAUAAAGCAAGAUAUAAGAAAAUUAAUAAAAGAGAUACUAAGUACCCCUCAAGCAGACACAGAUGGAAGGAGGGAGGAACUCAAACAAAGAAGAGAACCAUUUGAUAAAGAAUAUUUUAAAAAUAUAGAAUACAUAAAGCAGAUUCAAAGAGAUCACCAGGAAAUUAAAAAGUCUAUGGAAAGAUGGCAAAUCAGCUUGAAAGAAACUAAGGAUAGAUUAUCCAAACUGGAGGACAAUUUUGCAAUGUGGGAGUAUGAAAGGGAAAACUUUUUAAAAAUAACAAGGAAACAAGCAGUAAUGAUACAAAGGUUAGAAGAUGACAAAAGGAUCUAUAACUUGAGAAUAAAGAAUGUGAAUGACAUUCUUUAUUUAAACAAAGGCUACAAAGGUUAUUCACAGAAAUAAUUAAGGAAAACUUCCUAAACAUAGGAAAAGGAAAUGAUAUUCUUAUAUAUGAGGCAUACAGAACUCCAGCCACCUACAACCAAACACCCAGGCAUAUAAUAAUCAAGAUCCCAAAAAUUCAAUAUAAGAACAGAAUAUUAAAAGCUGUUAGAGACAAGAAACAGAUAACCUAUAGAGGAAGGCCCAUCAGAAUAACAGCACACUUCUCGACACAAACUAUCAAGUCAAGAAGAGCCUGGAGCAAAAUAUUCCAAGCCCUGAAAGAAAAUAACCUCCAGCCCAGAUUGAUAUACCCUGAUAAACUGCCUCUAGAAAUUAAUGGAGAAACAAGAGGCUUCCAAGACAAAGUGGAACUUGGGAAAUUUGCAACCACCAAUCCAACUCUACAGAGAAUACUGCAGGGCAUUCUAGAGAGAGAGAAAGGUACUAGGAUUCCAGAAACAGUGGCAGAGAGGCCUCAAUGAAUGGAGCAGAAAACAGAAUGAAGAAGAUAAGCAGACAACUGGUGGCAAAAAAGAGCAUAAUAGAAAUGAGGCAGAGAAGAUUUUAUUCAAAACUGGUAUGAUUGAUAGGAUCAAGUCUGACAGUACAAAACUCUACGAUACACAUUCUGGUUUGAUAACUGCCGGUUUUUGAAAUUCUAUACUAUAUGCAAAGUUGUGUUUUUAUUAAUACUCUUAUGUACUGAUAUAUUCAAUUAUACUAUGUCUGAUGAUAUAGCCAGUUCUACUGGAGAUAACAAGAGACAACACAGGAACCAUGGUAGAAUUCUUUGUACAACAGUCUUACAUGUUUAUUUCGUUUCAUAUGGUUAUAGGAAUUUUUUUUGUUUUGUUUUUAUCUUUUUCCUUUUUAUCGGUACCGGGGAUCGAACUCACGAAUGCCUGCUUGCAAGGCAGGCGCUUAUGCAGCUAAAUCCCCAGGCCCAGGAAUGUUUUGUUUUCCCUUGCUUUGUUUUGUUUCUCCCUCUAAUAUAGAAAGGAUACAAAUACAUGUUAAGUCUCAUGCAUGUGUAGAAUCUAUGAACAGUUUAUGAGAACUGAUCUUAUGACCCAUGAUGAAAUGAACAGAUACUCUGAAGAAAAAGAGACACUAAAAUACCCAGUGCUCAUCCUGGAGUGUCAUAAUGGGAAACUCAGCAAUAGUAUUAUUCUUUGUUCAGAGUGAUACUAGCCUGCUUGGGUUUAUUCAACCUCAACAUAAUUGAAGAUAUGGAUAACUGCAUGUAUAUUUAAGUGUAUAGGAUUGAUAACCAUAUUUCUAAGUUUUUGUUGGACAGUUGAACAGAACUGGGUGGAACCUCACUGUUUGAUCCACACUUUAUAUGUUCCACUUUAGUAUCCUGAAUAACUAUUUGUAAGAAGACAAUAUGUAAUCAUCAACUAGUGAUUUGUUACUGUUUUUCUUUGAAAUUAUGUAUUAUUUCCACCCAUUUUCUGUUUUGUUUAGUCUUUCUUUAAAUUAAAUUAAAAAAAAAAAGACACUACAGUACCCAGUGCUGAUCACGGAGUGUCAUGAUGUGAAAUCCAGCAAUAGUAUUAUUCUUUGUUCAGAAUGACUUUAGCCUGCUUUAGUUUGUUUAAUCCCAACAUAAAUGAAGAUAUGGAUAACUGCAUGUAUGUUUAAGUGUAUAGGAUUGACAACCAUGUUACUAAGUUUUUGUUGGACAGUUGAACAGAAUUGUUUGCAGUCUCACUGUUUGAAUUCCCACUUUACAUGUUCCACUCUUGUACCUUGAACAACUAUUUGUAAAACAAUAAUAUGUAAACAUCCACUAGUGAUUUCUUACUGUUUAUUUUUUUCUCUGAAUGUAUGUAUUAUUUCUACCUA